AUGCGCUGCGGGCGACGGAGACGAACCCACAACCAGCUGUCUCCUGGUGAGGAGACAGCAGCAGCAAGCGCCUGCUGCAGCCUGAGCAGCAGCAAACAUACAGCUAUAUACUCCAUUCAGCAGCAGCAGCAGCAGCAGCAACAGCAGCAGCAGCAGCAGCCGCAGCAGCAGCAGCUGCUGCUGCUGCUAUUUGGGCAGAGCAACGUAGCAAACGAGGAGACAGCAGCAGCGAAAGAUGCAGCAGCAGCAGCAACAGCAGCAGCAGCAACAGCAGCAACAACAGCAGCCGCAGCAGCAGCAGCAGCAACAGCAACAGCAGCAGCAGCAGCAGCGGCAGCAGCAGCAGUAGCAGCAGCAGCAGCAAAGGCCCACAGUGAAGGCGGAGCAGGAGAUAAAGCCCUACAGCCAGGGAUGCCUAAACACAAAAACAAAUAA